AGUAAUACAGUAGAUAGGUUGAGUUAUCUUUUGAAAAACAAAUUACAUUGAAAUUAUCAUUGUGUGUGUGUAUAAAAGAUAAUAAUAUAUAUUACAUUAAAAAUUUCAAAUAUUUACUCACGAAUAAUAUUUUUAAAUUACAACAAAAUAACUUAAGUCAUUAUCCUUUGUUAAAAUAUAUUAAAAUUUCUUCCAAAUUCGUAAUGCAAGUAAUAACCCCCCUCCCCCUUCCUUCAAAUAUCACUAUGAAAAACACUAACAAACUAAAAAUUGAUAUAUUUAUAUCAACUUUGACUGACUUAAAAUAUUGUAUUGUAAUUUUAUACUUGUCCAUUCAUAGACAUAAUUAGUAUUUUAUAUUAUUUGUACAUUUCAUUUCUUUACUAUUAAUUUUGUUACUCACGAACGAUUGUUAUCAGUAUCUAAUUUGUAAAUCUUGGGCCUGGCCCGUUUAAAACUUGAACAAAUAAAUAAUAUUUGAAGUAUUGUUGAGAGUUUAUAGUGAUUAUUAACAAUUACGUUAAAAUUUGAUUCACGCGGGAAAAUUAAUGAAAUCAAUUGAAUGUUUACCGCGGAGAGCGCAGAAAAUUCUCAAGGACACUUAAUUGACACCGUGAUUGGAUAUUAUUUUUCUUCCGUCUGCGAUGUAGAUGAGACUGUCUACCAGGGGGGUGUAGCUCUAUAGAGAAUUGAUGUGUUACUCUGAUAAUAUGAAUUACGAAAUCAGAAUGACAACUGUUGAAAUGUAAUGAGUAAUAAGUAAAGUUGGCAAGUUGCAACAUAAAAUUGUUCUAUUAAUUUUAGAUGGCCCGAUGGUCACGAUUACCAAUUAAAAAUUAGUAUGUUAUUUUAAUUCGCGAUCACAAUAAUUAAUGUAGGUACUUACUACUUACGCGUGUGACAUUUGAGUUUUAGUCAUCCUAUUAUUUUUCUGUGUUUAAAUAACAAAAGUUAGUACCUACAUUUGAUUCUUUAUAAAUUAUUUCCUAUGUAACGGUUUAUUUCAUGUUUAACAUCAGAUGCCGUCCAAAAACUGUAUUGUUAAAUUUUGUGACACAACAUACAAAGACAAAAAAACUAUUCGGCAUUUAUUUCCUCGAGAUGAAACUCUUUUUUAUACUUGGGUUCAACGCACAGGAAAUCAAAAAUUAAAUAAUUUGAGUAUGCCAGUUAUUUACAAAUCAUAUGUUGUUUGUGAAAAACAUUUUGAUGACAGCUGUAAGAGCACAGGAACUAAAAAGUUGAAUCGCAAUGCUUUACCAACAUUGAAGUUGCCGAUUGGUAUAAAUUUGAAUGAAUGUUUUAAACCCUAUCCACCUAACAGUAACAAUGAUGUAGAUGAAAUGAUCGUGCAAGAGCCUAACUCACAUCCAUCAUGCUUUACAGGUUUAAAUGUUAUUGAAUCUUAUGAGUCUCCUCUAAAGAAUACAAGGAAUAUUCCUAUUAUAUUUGAUCCAAAAACAUUAGCUGAUAUUAGCGGUGUGAUGUGCUUAAAAAAUAUUAGUGAUCGAAUUCCAAAUCCUGCCAUUGCAAGUACAACUUCAAAAAUCAAAGCCGGCUAA